AGCAGUGCACCUCUCCUUGUCUCUCAGUGGGAACUGAACCAAUGACCCUGGGUUCUCCCACAUCUCCUAAGCCCAUCUCUGGAGCUCAGUUUCUGCCUGGCUUCUUGAUGGGUGACCUGCCAGCUCCAACUACUCCACAGCCACGUACCUUCAGCCUGGCCACACCCAUCGUGGAGAGUGCAGUAGGAGGAGACUCUGCUCCACAGCCUGUUGUCCCCACCCCCAAGGAUAAGAGUGGGGCCCCCCCCAUUCGCAGUAUCCAUGAUGACUUGGUUAAUGUGGCCACCCCCCUCAACACACACAGGCAGUGUUUUCCGGUUAUUCAGUCCCCUUUGUCUGCACGCGGGGCCUCAACUCCUGGAACAGGUGUGCAGCAGGUGUGCCUGUCUCCAGCUCAGGUGGAUCCCUUCUACAGUCAGGGAGAGUCUCUGUCAUCUGAUGACCAGCUUGACCAGACCUGGGUCACAGUCUUUGGUUUUCCUCCAGCCUCGGCCUCAUACAUCCUGCUGCAGUUCGCUCAGUACGGAAACAUCCUCAAACACACGAUGGCAUCUCCUGGUAACUGGAUGCACCUUCAGUAUCAGUCCAGACUUCAGGCCAGGAAAGCUCUGUCUAAAGAUGGAAAAGUGUUUGGUGACGCCAUCAUGGUGGGAGUCAAACCCUGCAUAGACAAGAGUGUGAUGGACAGCAGCGUAGCCGUCUCCUCUCCACUCUCCACCUCCUUUUCCUCCUCUGUCCUCCCAUCGACUCCUCGCUCAGCCAUCAGACCGCUCAGCGCCGCCUACAGGAGCUCCGUCAGUGACUACCAGGUGGUAACAGACAGACAGACACCCAGGAAAGACGACAGUUUUGUUUCCAAGGCGAUGGAGUACAUGUUUGGCUGGUGACGUUGUACAUCACAAUGGAUCAUGGGAUGCCUUCAGCCUCAGAACAGAGGGGAAUCUGAAUGGACAGAUGGACGGAUGACUAAUCUACUACUGUGUGUUGUGGAGGAGCUUUCUGUCUUUCUCUUUUAUAGUGUUUUUUUUAUGUUUGAUUCAAUAAAGUUUUUCUCUGGUUUGAAUUAA